UGGAGGAAGGACACUCACACUGCAGACUUUUGGAGACUUUGCUCUACCGUGCAGGUAACAGACAACACCGUUCCGGUUCUCAUCAUGGCCAGCUGGUAUAUCCUCCAAAUCGCUCUCCUGCUGUCCUUCACCACAUCUCUUUCCUUAAGCUACGACUUGCUUCAACUCCAGCAACAACAACAACGCAGCAGUUUGGCCUGUCUGAAACUUCUGAGGCAGGUGAAAGGAAAGCCUGGAAAUUGCCACCAGGACAGGAUCGAUUUCAAGUUUCCAGAAGAGAUCUUGCAACCACAGCAGUUCCAGAAGGAGAAGGCUGCUCUUGUCAUCCAAGAGAUGCUUCAGAACGUCUUGGGUAUUUUCAGAAAAAACAUUUCCACCACUGUAUGGAAUGAGACCAUUGUGGAGAACCUCACUGAUGAACUCCAUCAGCAAAUGGAUCAUCUGAAGUCAACGAUCCUGCAGGAAAGACUGGAGGACAAAAACAUGACCAUGAGGGAUACCAUGACCACUCUGCGUUUGAAGAGCUAUUACUGGAGGAUCAGCAAGUACCUCAGAGCCAAGAAGAACAGCAUUUGUGCCUGGACAGUAGUCCAGGCAGAACUCAUCAGGAACUUUUCCAUCAUUAACAGACUUACAAAUUACUUCCGAGACUGA